AUGUCCUCCGAACAACGCCUCUACACCUUCUCCACCGAAACCAAAGACCUCCUGCGAAAAUUCCGCCUAACCACCUCCCGCGCCAAAGAUCCCCAGGCUGUGAUAUACCAAAUCAACAAAUCCACCCUCGAAAUCCACCCCGCCUCCCCGGCGACAACCUACACCUCGAUGGAAGACCUCGCCGACGACCUCCCGGACAACUCGCCGCGCUACAUCCUGCUCUCCUACCCGCUGCAGCAGGACUCCGGGCGGCUCUCCGUCCCUUACGUUAUGCUGAACUAUCUCCCUCCGACGAGUAGUGCCGAGCCGAGGAUGUUGUACGCGGGCGCGAAGGAGCUGAUGCGCAAUACGGCGGAGGCGGGGCGGGUGUUGGAGAUUGGGGAUGCGGAGGAGGUGGUGGGGAUUGAGGGGCGGUUGAGGGGGGAGGAGUAG